AGAAAUAGAUUAUACAUAAAAAUAAACCAUUGAUAUUCGCACAAAAACGGGUGUAAAUUUCGAGUAAUGCUGAUGUUAAUAUUCACUGUUAAUGAUGCAUUUCUAUUUAUUGGAAUUUAAUGUUCAAAUAUUUAUUAAACGCAGUAGGUGUGUUAAAAUUGUGAAUAUUUCGAAGUGAAAAUUUUGUUCUAUUUGGAUAUAAGCUACGGACGAAAUUAGAUAUAAAAAAUAUUUGUUCAAAAAACGAAUAUUUUUAACCAGGUUCACAGCCAGCACGUUGGAUGUGUGUGAUAGAGAGGUGACUUUGAACAGUGUCAGUGCCUUGCGUGUAUUGGCCUUGGUACAACCAGUUAACCUGAUCCACAAUUGGGCUUCUUAUUUGAAUAUAUCUCAACCACAGUACAGAUCAGUUGUUGUAGUUCUUAGAACCCGCACCGCUGAAUGCAAGCUGGAGCCCAGUGACUUUCUACUAAUUAAGUAAUACCUUUUAAGUUCACCUGGGCACAUUUACAUUUCAAACUGGAGAUACAUAUAGUUUGUGUGAGACAUGUGUUUGUUAUUCGUGUAUGUGAAUGAAGAACCGGAAGAGAAUGGGUACAAGUUGAUACUUGCGAGUAAUCGAGAUGAGUACUGGCCUAGACCCACAGAUACUGCUAAAUUCAGAGAUGACUCAAAGUGGAUGGGAGGUGCAGAUUUAGUACCAGGAAGAGAGGGUGGAACAUGGCUAGGUAUUUCUGCUGUGGGAAAAGUAGCUGUACUUCUAAAUAUUUUGGCAUUUCAGAAACCAGAUGCUAAAGGCAGAGGUUCAUUGGUACGAGACUUUCUCAUAGGAAAUGAAUCGUGCGAGGACUAUCUUGACAGAAUUUCGCCGUCGGCCUCACAGUAUAAUCCAUUCCACCUUCUUCUCAUAGAUCUCAAGAAUGAUUGUAACCUCCAUUGUUUGUCUUACUGUCAGGAAACACACAGAACGAAGAAACCACCAGGUGUUAGUGCUGGGGACAACAGUAAGGAUAUAGAUGUACCUUGGAGAAAGAGAGAGGAAGGAGAGAAAAUCUUCACCAAUAUUGUCAGGGAACACGGACACAAAGAUCAACAGGACAAACUUGUAGAAAAUAUCAUAGACUUGCUUAAUGAUAAAACACAAUAUUUUCCUGAUGAGAAAUUGGCAGAACAGUAUAAAGAUGUUGGCCGUGCCACAGGAGGUGAUCUCAUAAGAAGUUGUAUGUUUGUUUUCUCUCCACAAGAACAAUGUGGGACAAGAACAAACACUGUUAUACUUGUGGAUAAACAUGGAAAUUGUGACUUUAUUGAAAGAACACUUCAUACACCAGUGGAUGUUGAAAACUUGAAAUGGAGCAUGAUACAACAUCAGUUUAAACUGAACUUUAAUUUAUGAUGAUUCUACAUAGUGAAGUGAAUAAUUUGUAGACAUUGCAUAUUAUCUAGUAGGAAUUUUAUUGACUCUUUGUGUUCUAAUGUUUUAUACAAUAUGACAUUGCUUUCAGUAGAACAGUAAUUACUGACAACAGGAGGAGAAUACUGUCAGUGGAGAUGGAGCCAAGGAGGCGGAGCCGAGGCUGUCAGUAUAUAUUUCUUUCAAAUGUAGUCGGUAUUGCAGUCCUACUAAAAGCAAUGUCAUAUUUGUUUUGUUAUAGAAAACAGAAGAAAUAGAUAGAUUUUUUGAUAUGCAGGUUACACAAAUCAGUUUAGAAAAUGACUUGGAAAAAUAGUUCCAGUCUAUUUAACAUGUUUAAGGCAUUUACAUCAUGAGCUGAUAUAUCUCAAGAAUGCUGAAUAAUCCCUGGUAUUUCUGGCAGUCAAACUGCCCAAUACCGGUAUAUUGAGUGUGUGUUUUACAAAAAAUAGGUCAAAUAACAACAGUAGUUUUGAUAUAAAAUGUAGGAAUAUCUAACAUUGAUACAACAGGAGGUUUGCAAUGAGGCAUAAUAGUAACAAUUUAUGUUGACGUUUCUCUUCUUUUUUUUUUAGCUUACUUAUUGUGAUCGCUCGAUGUCCGUCAUCCUUCGUCUGUCAACAUUUAGCUUGUGUAUGCAAUAGAGGCUGUAUUUUUCAGUUAAUCUUCAUGAAAUUUGACCAGAAUGAUUGCCUUCAUAAAAUCUAGGUCAAGUUAGAAAAUGGGUCAUCUGGGAUCAAAAACUAGGUCACUAGGUCAAAUCAAAGAAAAACAUUGUGUACGCAAUAAGGACUGCUUUUUACACCGGAUCUUCAUGAAAUUUAACAAAAAUGUUUGUCUAAAUGAAAUCUAGAAAGAGUUCAAAUAUGGGUCAUCUGGGAUCAGAAACUAGGUCACCCGGUCAAAUCAAAGAAAAACGUUGUGUACGCAAUAGGGGCUGCAUUUUACACUGGAUUUUCAUAAAAUUAAGUCAGGAUGGUUGCCUUGGUGAAAGCUUGAUGAAAUUAGAAUAUGGGUUAUCUGGGGUUAAAAACUAGGUCGCUAGGUGAAAUCAAAGAAAAACCUUGUGUAUGCAAUAGGGACUGCAUUUUACACUGGAUCUUCAUUAAGUUUGAUCACAGUGUUUGUCUGGGUGAAAUCUAGGUCAAGUUUGGGUCAACCGGGGUCAAAAACUAGGUCAUCAAGUCAAAUCAAAAAAACCUUGCAUAUGCGAUAGAGGCUGUACUUUUAUGCCCCCCGUCGAAGAAGGAGGGGUAUAUUGUUUUGCAGAUGUCGGUCGGUCGGUCGGUAUGUAGACCAAUCCGUUUGCAGAUGAUAACUCAAGAACGCUUGGGCCUAGGAUCAUGAAAGUUGAUAAGAUGGUUGUUCAUAACCAGCAGAUGACCCCUAUUGAUUUUGAGAUCAGUAGGUCAAAGGUCAAGGACACAGUGACCCAGAACAGUUAAACGGUUUCCUGAUGAUAACUCAAGAACGCUUACGCCUAGGAUCAUGAAAGUUAAGAGGGUGGUUGAUCAUGACCCCUAUUGAUUUUGAGGUCAGUAGGGCGAAGUUCAAGGUCACAGUGACCAGGAACAGUUUAACAGUUUCCGGAUAAUAACUCAAGAAUGCUUUGGCCUAGGAUCAUGAAAGUUGAUAGGGUGGUUGGUCAUAACCAGCAGGUGACCCCUAUAGAUUAUGAGAUCAGUAGGUCAAAGGUCAAGGUCACAGUGACCCAGAACAAUUAAACGGUUUCCGGAUGAUAACUCACAGGGUUGCCACCGACUCUGGAAAACAGGGAAAAAAGGGAAACAGGUUAAAAAUAUCCCUGCAUGGAAAAUUCAUCUCAGCAUCUCGGAACCUGUAAGAAAUUCGAGUAUCGGGGUGAUUUUGGCAACCCGGAUAUUUUGCUUGCAUUUCAUGCUAGGAUGGUCCUAGAAGACCAAACACUCACCCGCUUUCAAAUAUAAGUACAGAAACGGCCAGAAACGCUACCCGUAAAAAUCGGCAUUUCUCAGCGGGACCUAUAAGAAAUUCGAGUUUUGGGGUGAUUAUGGCAACCCUGAUAUUUUGCAUGCAUUUCAUGCUAGGAUGGUCCUAGAAGACCAAACACUCACCCGCUUUCAAAUAUAAGUACAGAAACGGGCAGAAACGCUACCCGUAAAAAUCGGCAUUUCUCAGCAGGUCGGGACCUGUAAGAAAUUCGAGUUUGGGGCGAUUUUGGCAACCCGGAUAUUUUCCUUGCAUUUCAUGCUAGGAUGGUCCUAGAAGACCAAACACUCACCCGCUUUCAAAUAUAAGUACAGAAACGGCCAGAAACGCUACCCGUAAAAAUCGGCAUUUCUCAGCAGGUCGGGACCAGUAAGAAAUUCGAGUUUUGCGGUGAUUUUGGCAACCCGGAUAUUUUGCUUGCAUUUCAUGCUAGGAUGGUCCUAGAAGACCAAGCACUCACCCGCUUUCAAAUAUAAGUACAGAAACGGCCAGAAACGCUACCCGUAAAAAUUGGCAUUUCUCAGCAGGUCGGGACCUGUAAGAAAUUCGAGUUUUGGGGUGAUUUUGGCAACCCGGAUAUUUUGCUUGCAUUUCAUGCUAGGAUGGUCAUAGAAGACCAAGCACUCACCCGCUUUCAAAUAUAAGUACAGAAACGGCCAGAAACGCUACCCGUAAAAAACGGCAUUUCUCAGCAUUUCUGUAAGAAAUUCGAGUUUUGGGGUGAUUUGGCAACCCGGACAUUUUGAAUGCAUUUCACUCUAGGAUGGUCCUAGAAGACUAAACACUCACCCGCUUUCAAAUAUAAGUACAGAAACGGUCAGAAACGCUGCCCAUAAAGAUCGACAUUUCUCAGCAGGUCGGUACCUAGAAAUUGUUCAAAUAUGGGUCAUCUGGGGUCAAAAACUAGGUCACCCGGUCAAAUCAAGGAAAAAUGUUGUGUACGCAAUAGGGGCUGCAUUUUACACUGGAUUUUCAUAAAAUUAAGUCAGGAUGGUUGCCUUCGUGAAGGCUAGAUGAAAUUAGAAUAUGGAUUAUCUGGGGUUAAAAACUAGGUCGCUAGGUGAAAUAAAAGAAACAACCUUGUGUAUGCAAUAGGGACUGCAUUUUACACUGGAUCUUCAUGAAGUUUGAUCACAAUGUUUGUCUGGGUGAAAUCUAGGUCAAGUUUGAAUAUGGGUCAACCGGAGUCAAAAACUAGGUCAUCCAGUCAAAUCAGAUAAACCUUGCAUAUGCGAUAGAGGCUGUAUUUUAUGCCCCCCCGUCGAAGAAGGAGGGGUAUAUUGUUUUGCAGAUGUCGGUCGGUCGGUCGGUAUGUAGACCAAUCCGUUUGCAGAUGAUAACUCAAGAACGCUUGGGCCUAGGAUCAUGAAAUUUUAAAAAGAUGGUUGGUCAAAACCAGCAGAUGACCCCU